UAAUAUGAUUUUUAAGUACAAAUUAGCAAAGUUGCCAUUCACAAAUUGAUAGUAAAUAUUUUUUACUUUAAUUAAUUACUUAACAUUCACUGAAAUAAUAUGAAUUAACAUCGAUAUAUCGAUAGUCUUAGCAGACGAUCUGGACCACAAGAUCACGAGAAAGCCAAGAAAAACUGUUAAGUUGAGAACGUACUUUACCUUUAAAAUUAAACGCCAUAAUGUUUGAUUAGCAAAACUUAUUUUUGUUUUUUAACAAGUUUUACAACAUUUUUAUUCAAUUUGUUUUUAUUUAGUUUGUUUCUUCUCUUUUCAUUUCUCUUGUAUUUGUUUUAAUUUAAUUAAUCAUGGCGGAGUCAAAUAGUGAAACAAGAGUGCAACAUGAAAAAAGCUUGGAAAUUUUGACUAAAGACUUUGAAGGACAAGACGAUCAAGAUGAUCUUUUAGAUUUAAAAAUGGGUGCUGGUAUCGUAGCUACCGUAUUGGCAGAAAAUGUUACGAAAGAAAAAACUAAAAUUUUGAAAUUGAAACAAGAGAUUCAAGAUCUAAAAAAUAAAGAAAUUGAACUUGAUCUGUUUUAUGCUUGGGCUAAACAGGCCAUUUCAAACCGAAUUGAUCUAAAAAAUAACAAUGAUCAUUUAUGGGUUACACCUGCAGAAUUGUGUAGCACUUUUCCCGAGGACAAACUUUAUGCAAUUCUUGCUCCUGAACCUUUUCCUAUCGAAAAGCAGCUUCCAGGAGCUUCAGAAAAAAAAUCAAACUUUAAAUUAGUUUUAAAUCCAAAAAAACCGAUCGAAGUUAUUCUAGUGAAUCAGUAUCCGGAAAGAAAUGAACCAAAUGUACAAUCAAUGUCAGUUGAAUCUGCAAAUUUACUUCUACCAUCUACAUCCAGAACUGAUACCUCAACAGAUAAAUUAAAUGAAAAGCCAAAUGAAGAUACAGAGGAGCAAGAUGAAGAUAUAGAGGAGCAUGAAGAUUAUUCUGAUCAAGAGGAGCAAGAGGACGAGAACGAAGAUAUUGGAGGUAAAGCAGAGGAUAAAGAUGAAGCUAUGGAAGAAGAUGAUUCAAAUGACAAUGAUGAAUCUAAAGUAACAUCCGACACUGAUUCGACAGAGCAAGAAGAAAAAAUCGAAGAUGUUGGAGGUAAAGCUGACGAAGUUAUGGAAGAAGAUAAUUUAAACGAAGUUGCUUUAUUAAAUGAGUCGUGUGAAACAAAUGAUCUAAAUGUUAUUUCGGCACCAGUUGGCGUCUCUGCCGAUUCACCUGCACUAUCAACUACAACUGAUGCCUCUGAAGGUAAAUCAAAUGAAAAUGAAGAUACAGAGGAGCAAGAUGAAGAUAUAGAGGAGAAUGAGGAUUAUGCUGAUCAAGAGAAGCAAGAAGACGAGAACGAAGAUAUUGGAGGUAAAGCAGAGGAUAAAGAUGGUGCUAUGGAAGAAGAUGAUUCAAAUGACAAUGAUGAAUCUAAAGUAACAUCCGACACUGAUUCGACAGAGCAAGAAGAAAAAAUCGAAGAUGUUGGAGGUAAAGCUGACGAAGUUAUGGAAGAAGAUAAUUUAAACGAAGUUGCUUUAUUAAAUGAGUCGUGUGAAACAAAUGAUCUAAAUGUUAUUUCGGCACCAGUUGGCGUCUCUGCCGAUUCACCUGCACUAUCAACUACAACUGAUGCCUCUGAAGGUAAAUCAAAUGAAAAUGAAGAUACAGAGGAGCAAGAUGAAGAUAUAGAGGAGAAUGAGGAUUAUGCUGAUCAAGAGAAGCAAGAAGACGAGAACGAAGAUAUUGGAGGUAAAGCAGAGGAUAAAGAUGGUGCUAUGGAAGAAGAUGAUUCAAAUGACAAUGAUGAAUCUAAAGUAACAUCCGACACUGAUUCGACAGAGCAAGAAGAAAAAAUCGAAGAUGUUGGAGGUAAAGCUGACGAAGUUAUGGAAGAAGAUAAUUUAAACGAAGUUGCUUUAUUAAAUGAGUCGUGUGAAACAAAUGAUCUAAAUGUUAUUUCGGCACCAGUUGGCGUCUCUGCCAAUCUACCUGGACCAUUAACUACAACUGAUGCCUCUGAAGGUAAAUCAAAUGAAAAUGAAGAUACAAAGGAGCAAGAUGAAGACUUAGAGGAGCAUGAGGAAGAGAGCGAAGAUGUUGGAGGUAAAGCACAAGACAAAGAUGAAGCUAUGGAGAAAGAUGAUUUAGAUGGCAAUGAUAAAUUCAAAGUAACAACAGCUCAACCUAAAAAACAAUCACUUCAUCGUAAAGCUGCUCAACGCAACCUUUUCACUCAAAUGCGUCAUUGUGAUUAUGUUAAAAUUAAGAAAAAUAGUAUUAUUAAAAGGAAGGCAAAUCCGAAAGAAAGACUAACAGUAAGAGGACGUGGUAAAAACAAGGAUAAAGAAAAUUUAACUCCAGCUUCCGAAUCUAAAGCAAAAGAUGAUGUCUCUGCAGAGAAAGAAAAUGAAAAAGAAAUUCAACAAAAAGUAAUAACUAAAAGUCGAGUCAAAAUUUUAGGCUUAAAUCAACGAAAUAACGAAAUUAAGUGCGAAGAUAAGGAAAAUCAUCCAGUGAAUCGCCGAGUUUAUAUUCGAGCCAGCACUCAAGACAAAGUAAACUUCGAAUAUCAUGAUAAAAUUGCAAUCGUAUUACAAGCUAUUGAUAAAUUGAGUUCGUUGCCUUCACGGCGUGAUUAUUUCUUUCGAUUGAAUCAAUCCAAAGAUGUUCUAAAGUUAUACGAAAUCAUAGAUAUAGGCGUGAAUGCUAAAUUGGAAAAAUUCGAUGAACCUGAUAUCACAGAUAAUUUUGCAAGGCAUCGUAUUUCCAGACGAGCAUUUGAAGAAUAUUUAAGACGCGAGAUGUACGGUUCGGGAAAAGAAGCUGCUAAAGAGUUCCAAAUAAAAUAUAGGUGCCCAUAUUGUUUUAUGCUUUCGCUGUCCAAGUGUAAUAUCAUGUAUCACAUUAAGUCGCGAAAAAUUUACGGUGAAUGGAGAAGACCUUCUUGUUUAGUAAGGCGCCUUAAAGAGCCUAAUGUUAAUGGAAUCUAUCAAUCGAAAUGGCCGUGCCAGAAGAGAAACCCAAUUAUUGAAAUUGAUUGUAAUAAUAUUUUAAUAUGGAUUUACUCUCAGCUCGAUAUAAAGAUUCCAGGAAGCUGUCUGCGAGAGAAAAAAGGUUCAAAAUUUGUUCGUCUAAACAAUUGAUCUUUCUCUUCAUUGCUUCCAUUUCGCUUUGAAAAUUAACAUCUUUUUCCAUCGACUGUUGUCUUGCUGUUUCCAAUGGAUUUUGAUUCAAAAUGGACUUCACCUUUCAAUCCUUUAAUAGCAUUUUCGACUUUCUCUUUUCCUCCAUGUUUCUGUGUCCCUCAUUGUUUCUCAUCUAAGUCAGGUAAUUUUUCAAUUCUUACUCAUUAUGAUGAGACAAUUGAAGCCUAUGAAAUUAAAGGAUUUAAAAAAGUA